AUGAAAGGAACUUUCUCAUCUACAUUCACAAGACCUAAUUCAUAAGCUGAUACAUUCAUGCAAAUUAAUCAUUCAUUUGAUAUUAAUGCAGGACAAAUUCAAUUAUAAAAUAUGAAGGCUAUUUUAGAGAAUCUAUAAAAUAAAAAAGAAUAACUGAAUUUUUAAUUAUAUUGGGAAGCAGUGUUUGAUUUUAGACAAGAAUAAUAUCUUUAUUUCUUUGCUCGUUCAACAACUUAAAAGGUACUUUGGGAAUGUAUUUUCUUAAGUGAUAUUGUAUUUUCAUUUAUACAAUGUUAAUUGAAAGAAAACUUACUUCACAAUUAACAGAAUUAUUAGUAAGAAAUGACAGUCUUAAUAAAAUUACUAAUAGAGAAUUUUGCUCUAUUUUUGAAUAAAAUGAUUAAACAUCUAAAGUAGAGGAAUUAAUUAGUUGAGUAAUUAUAAUAAAAGAUUGAUGUAAUUUUGGAGAAGAAUAAUCCUUGCUUAAGUUUUAUAUAAGAAAUAAAAAAAAAUAAUUGUUUUAUUAAGUCUAUAAUUGAAAAAUUAUUACAUAAUGAUAAUUAGGGUAUACAAGCAAUUAUAAUAACAUGCAGAUAUUAAUUAUAACAUUUAAAUGUUUUGGAUGUUACAAUAAGCAGACCACAAUUAAGAAAUGCUAUUUAUUUGUCAACAACAUAAAUAAAAAAACAAGAGUAUCAAUCUCCAUUAAAAACUUUGUUUAAAGCAUCUCAUGUUAUUCAUAAAAGAAAAUCUUAAGUGAGUGUAGAUCUUAUGAAUAGUCCAUUCAUUAAAUCACCAUUAUAAAAAUAAUUGUGUAUAAUAAUGGAUUUGGAUGAAACAAUGGGACAUUUUGUAUAAAUUAAUAUGAUAUUUAGAGUGAAUAAUUGAAUAAAUUUAUAUCAAGACCAUGGUUAUUCCAAUUUCUCGAAAGUAUUAAAUCAUUUUGUGAAAUAAUCCUAUUUACAGCAAGCUAGUAAAAUGUAAAACAUUAAAUAUUAUAAAGUAUGCAGAUAAUGCUAUCUCUCAAAUUCAAUGUGAUCAUUUGAUUGAUCAUAGAUUAUAUCGACAUCACACAAUAUAUAAUGGAAUUCAUUUUAUUAAAGUAUUAUUUAAUCUUAAAAAUAGGAUUUAAGUAAAAUAGGUAGACCUUUAGAGAAAACAAUCAUAAUUGAUAAUACUCCUAUAAAUUUUCAAUUGUAAUAAGAGAAUGGAUUAGUCAUAUAAUCUUGGGUUGGAAAAUCAGAUGACAAAGAAUUAUUAUCUAUUAAAGAUUUGAUAAUGAAGAUUGCAUAAUCUAAUAUACAUGAUGUUAGAAAGGCAUUAAAAAAAUAUAGAGAUUAUAUCAGUAGAAACAAUAGAUGA